AGAGUACCGUCGAUCUAGCACUUUUCUCUACUACUUGUCUCUCCAUCGCAACCAUGGCUACGGAAUCCGGCAUGACACAGGACCAGCGCGACAUGAGACUAAUGGGCAUCAAACAGACACUUAAGCGAAACUUUACAUUCGAGGCCCUAGUUGGUUUUGGGGUGCUCCUUGGCAAUACUUGGAUAUACUCGCUUAUUGGAAUGGCAUUGUCUCUCCUGAAUGGGGGCCCAGCUGGCGGUAUUUGGAUGCUCUGUGUUGUUCUUUGCGGAAUGCUAGCCGUCACAUUAUGCAUAGCAGAACAGGCGUCCGUGUAUCCAUCAUCGGGCGGCCCCUACGUCUGGACUAGAAUUUAUUUAUCCCAACCUUGGGAUAAGCGUAUAAGUUACAUUGUUGGAUGGCUGACUUCCCUCGGAUGGCAAGCGGGAAUGGCCGGUACUUCCUUCUUAACUGGUGAACAGAUCCGAGGCCUGAUAGCAUUGACAUCGCCGUCCUAUAAACCAGUCCCAAUGCAUAGCACGCUUUUAUCCAUAGCGAUUGUCACUUUUUCAGCCACAUGGAACACAUUGUUUGCGAAAAAGCUUCCACAUAUCGAGGGUUUUCUACUCUUCCUCUACAUAAUAGGAUUUAUUGCCUUUAUGUCAGUACUUAUUGUAAUGGGCCCAGAAUCCGACCCCGAAGAAGUCUUCUUUGAAUUCAAGAAUCCGAGUGGAUGGGAAAAUAAGAUUCUCUCAGUCAUAGCCGGCAUAAUUGGGCCUAUAUCAACAAUGGGCAGUGGAGACGCAGCUACUCAUCUAGCGGAGGAAGUAAUCAAUGCAUCCAAGGCUCAACCAAAUGCUAUGAUUAUCUCCUACCUCAUAAGUGGCUUGACAGCGCUGUCCAUGACCAUUGUUAUGUAUUUAAGGCAAGGCAACGAUUAUACAGCCCUUAUUGACACUCCAUAUGGUCAACCGUGGAUUCAGAUGGUGGUAGACGCAACAGGCUCAAAAAAAAUCGCAGCAGCCAUGGUAGGACUUGUCUGUGUGCUGCUUCAGGCUGGUUGUAUCAAUCAAACUACGACUACUUCACGCCAGACAUUCGCUUUCGCGCGUGAUGGAGGGCUUCCAUUUUCAGAUCUGCUGUCUUCUGUCCGGAACGAAAUCCCAUUGUGUUCGGUCAUCCUCACCUGGUUCUUCACAAUACUCAUGGGUUGCAUUCCUCUCUUUUCGCCAAUUGCUUUCAACGUAAUCGUCUCUCUUUCUAUGAUAAGUCUCUAUUCCGCUUACCUUACCAUUCUCAUUUGUUCUGGCUGGUUCAUUUUGUCUGGAGGGCACCCGCCCUCUGGCAAAUUCUCUCUUGGGCGUGCAAGAGGGCCUGUGUAUGUGAUCGCUAUUGGUUACCUGCUGUUCGCGAUUGUAUGCUUGUGCUUUCCUAGCGGACCGAAACCAUCGUUGCGUGAGAUGAACUGGUCCUCCGCUAUGUUUCUAUCUACUAUUUUGUUUUCUUUACUUUACUACUUUUUCAAUGGGAGGCAUCAUUUCAAUCCAGGUGGAAAACAUAGGAGAGAAAGCAUUGCGCUCAUAAUGAACCCGGGUCAAAAGAAAGAACUGGAAUCACCUAAUGUGUAGUCUUGCAAUAUAUCGAUCUUCCGUUGUACAUACAACAUACA